GACAAAUUUGCCCGACUCAAGUGGUCCUGCAACGUUGAAAUGAUACCAUAUCUCGUUGAGCGCACCGUUCCGACACCUAACUACCACAUUGUGGCCAUGUGCCUUUUUUAAUGCAUACUCAACAGCAUCAAGGUCGUAAGUUUGUGUAUCUGAUGGCACGAUCCCAGCGACGGAAAGAAUCUAGGUGGAUGUGCUUAACAGUGUCAGCCACGGUUCGCAUCCUUAAACCCAUCCGCCACGUCCCCCCUCAAUAUAGAUGUAUACAUAUAUGUAUGCAUAUAUGUAUACAUCUAAACAUUUAUUUGAGCUUACGCACCUCAUAAGAAGGCAAUCCGAGAAACAAAUCAACUGUUUUCUGAAAGUAAGUCACGACCUCCUGCUGGGGAACGUAAUUCGGGUAACAUCGAGGUUCCAGAGUACUAAUGCAAGUCCCGUGUUUAUUCCACUCAUGUUCCCAUAGGUCCUCAUCAUCACCGCGAAAAUCCUUCCAGUGCAUCCUCAUCAAGUCCAAUAGCUCCAGCUGACCACUUUCCUCUAUAAUGGAGGAUAUAUUCUGAAAGCGGCGAUUGGAGUCGCAGUAUUGAUCGUAGCUCCCAUCGCAAUGGUCAGGCCUGGGAGAGGAUGGCAAGAAUCUUAGAUCCGACAUCCCUUCAUAUAAAUGAGGAAGAUACGGGAUGCUCACCAUAACCCAUGGAUUGUCCAGCCUUCCUCCGGCCCCGUGGGUGGAUCGGCAUCCCAGAACUGCGUCUGUAAAAGUUGCCCACCCGGAUAAUUGAAGCAACACCUAUCCUGCGAAUUGAACUCAACUUUGCAGCUCAGCUGCGGACUUGGACAAGAAAAGAAUUCAGCCACUUCUGACUCUUGCUGAACGGGCUGGUUAUUCCAGAGUGGAAUUUGGGAUGUUCCUAGUGACGCAAAACGCAAGACUGAUUUUGGAGAGGGAAGUUUGAGUUUCAGCGGUCUUGCCACCGCGAUGAAUGCUUCCCGCAACGUCUCUUUCGUCAUCAUGUUGAUGACUGCGAAUACCCUAUGCGCGAUAGGGAGGUGAUGGGAAUUAUGCGGAUAUGAUGAGCUUGUUCUGAGGUUGAGGUUGCCCAAGGUCAGCAGCGCAGCCACUAAGCUCCCUAAGCCGCCUGUAUCGGCAAACCCAGGGACUUCCAUUGGCACGAGCUCAACAGCCAAUCAACAUCUGAUCACAUUCCAACACUUGCAUGAAAGAAGAGCCUAUCUUCACACACAAACUGACAGAGUAACGUUGUUUAUGGUUGCCAGGAUGCACAUCUUGCACUUAGGCCAUGAUACCAUCUGCCCCUGACCCAUUGCCGGGGAUUUGUCUGUGGCGCCCGCUGUUAAACAGGAGUACGUACCGAACAAGGUUUCCAAUAUAUUGGCUAACUUGCCGCGCAUUAGCGACACAAACGCAUCCCUAGCCGAGGCGACCCACAGACAAUGCCGGAACAUGACCGGUAAAGCUAAGGAGCUUUGUAUAACAACCAUGGGCCUGAUAGCGGACUUUUACCGAGUCUAAUACUCAUGUGCUUCCGAUAACCGCCUAGCUUGCGAUUUGGAAUAUUAUAAAUCUCGCCUCGCAACUGGAUUUCAAAUUACUCACUUGAAUUUACUGGAUAUAUCAAACAAAAGCAAACAGGCUUCUCGUAGGUGCUCUUGGAGAAAUCUACAACGCUCACAAAGCGUUUACGAGAAUUUACAAUAAGAGCGUUUCAAGAUGACUGCCCCUGCCCAUACCCAAGAAUUCGAGGAUGCGAUCAAGAUUACGCCCUUAUCCUCGCAUACCUACUCGGCGGAUUUGGUUACGCAGUGGUCUGUUGGGAGCGCUCCUAAUGGAGGGUAUCUAACUGCGAUUCUCUACCGGCUUGCAACAACCCACUUCCAAAACACACAUCCAACCCGACACUCCUCCCAGCCGAUGCCAAUCAGUAUGCAAUUGACCUUCAUCCGGCGGUCAGCUAUAGGAUCUGCUUUAUUGGCAGUGCGCGAUGUGAAACUGGGGUUAAGGACGUCAGCAAUCCAAGUUACGUUGAGUCAGCUGAGCUCGUCAAACUCGCCUGAGAAAUAUAUUGAGAAGGUGACUGGAUACAUCACAAUCUCUGAUCCAAUAUCAGAAGUAGGUGUAUCCACCCCUUGUAGCUGGACGCUAUAUCCCCCGCCCCCAGACUCCAAGCCACCGCAACUUCGUGAUGGACAUCCUGUUCCAAACAGUCCUUGGAAGAAAACGAUAAUGAGAGACCCAGACUUUCGACGAGCAACGAACAACUCAGAAUUCUGGGAACCGGUAGAUCCCCGACUAGAUGAACGACGAGGGAUUGUAGAUCAAUGGGGUAGGCUGCGACCUCUUGGACCGAAAGGUGGAUUAGGAAGGUGGACCAACGAAGCCGUUGCAUACUUGGUCGAUAUUUUCCCUGUGGUUUUGGAAAAUUUAGAAUAUGCUACUGCAAAGGAGAUGGGAAGCCCGCCGCCGUACUGGUUUCCCACUAUUGCAUUGAAUAUAGAUUUCAAGAAACCUCUUCCCAAGGGUGGAGUGGAGUGGCUUUACAGCCGAAUCGCGACAAAAUCCGUUCGCAAUGGAAGGACAGACAUUGAGGUGAUAGUGCUGGAUGAGGCGGGUGAGAUAGUUGCUCUUGCGACACAGUUAGGGCUGGUGCUGGGAUCAAGUCGCAACACCGGUGAGAAACAAGGCGCCGGACAGCGAAAGAAUUCAAAUCUUUGAGUAAGACUAGCGCUCCCCUCACGCUGGGAUUUUGCAUAGAGGUAGAAAUAUACAAGUAAUGUGUUCGUUCCACCGCCAUAGUCAUCCACUGCCCCACAGAUCCCCAACUGGUCACCUCCAUUCCGUUAUAUCCAAAAGAAAAGUGAAUGAGAUGCAAAAAUGUGGAGUGGUAUCAUUGAAACAAAGGAGAUCUCCAUCCAUAAAACGCCUACCAUGCAAAAUUGAGCUAAAACUUUGCUACCCCUUACAAUUCACCGGCUAGUUUGUUCCGUCAGCUCCAUAGUUUCGAGCUCAUGCUGCCUUUUUUCUUUCCAUAGUCUCAGAACUUCAAAUCCCACUUCAACAGCAAUGAGCGCAAUGAUAAUCCACUCAAGUCGUAAACCGUGAGUUUCACUUAGCCGUUCGCGGAGGACGCUUGCAAUCUCUUGCGCGUAAUCCAUCUUUUCAUUAAGUACUCUAAUUCGGAUCCCUACGUCCAGGGCUCUUCCAACCUGGUCAUAGUAUCCCUCCAGACCAAGUUCGUGGCGACUAUCCCAGAAAAUAUCUGGCAGUGAGUCUGUGAGCUCAGAGUAUAGGUUCAACUGGGCCCUCACGCUAAGGAGCUGUCCAGUUUUCUGCAGUACGAAACGCCGGGUAAAUGGUAGGCGAGUACCUUUAGAAAGGAGGGUUGGGAUGUUGCGGGUUGAUUCAAAGUAAUUCGAAAGGAGCGUUUCUAGAACAGCCAACUUGGUGCUCCGUGCAAGCCCAGAUGAAAAGGCAAUUUUAGUUAAAACAUUAUCCACACCUUCCUUGCCUUCAGCCCGCAAAUCACGGUUAUCUGGGCUAAUUUUUGUGCCGAGAGUUAUCGUAUCGCCCUU